UCAGCCGGUGACAAGCGGGCAUCAAGUCGACGAAGCAAGAAAGGAUUUGAACUUAAAAGAUUUACACCCUAAAAGCGGAAAAAGGAUCUUUCCGCGGUUUGAAGCCUUCUAUUUCACGCCAUGAACAGCAAGACCGGCAAAGGAGACAAUCAGAGUGCCAUGGAUCCUUCAGCAGAUCAAAGUACACAGCAGGGGUACAUGUAUCAGGAUCAGCCCCCGGCGUAUCCAGGUGUACCCCAACCGUUCACGUAUCCGGGCCAGCCCCAAGUUUACCAGGGCCAGCCCCAAGUUUACCCGGGCCAUCCCCAAGUUUACCAGGGCCAGCCUCAAGUUUACGUGGACCAGCCUCAAGUUUUCCAGGGCCAGCCUCAAGUUUACCAGGACCAGCCUCAAGUUUACCAGGGCCAGCCUCAAGUUUACGUGGGCCAGCCUCAAGUUUACCAGGGCCAGCCUCAAGUUUACCAGGGCCAGCCUCAAGUUUAUGUGGGCCAGCCUCAAGUUUACCAGAGCGAGGCUCAAGUGAACCAAAGUCGGUCUGAUAAGCACCGGAACAACCGGAACACGACCGGUGAGAGCGGAAGCAAAUGCCCCAAAUGUUGCUUGAAGACGCGUGACUGCCUGAUGAGCGGCGAGUGCGGCAGAGCCCUCCAGAUCUCCAGCGUCAUCGCCCAGUGCGCUUUGUGUCUUCGCUUUUUAUUUUAAUUUCUAAUAAGAAAACCGACUACCAGGCCAUGCUGACGACUCAGAUCCUCCAACAUCCUGCCAGGAAGAAGACAAAAGAUCACGCAGAAAAAUAAUGAGGGCGAACAAAUAAAACAAAUAAAAAAUGCCAAAAAAGUACAUUGGACUCCAAACGCCAUUGUCCAUGUAUACAUGCAAGCUUGCACAUGAAGGAAUGAAUGUAGGAUGUGUUGUAUAUUUAAAAAAUAUAUAUUCUUAAAAAUGUAUGGUUGUAUUCGCACACUGAUGUUUUGUGGUGGAUUAUACUUUGAACAAUAAAAAAAAUA